GAUGCCACCUUCUGAAUGUUUACCUGUAACAGGUGAAUCAUUUGACCUGUUAAUCAGCCCACAGCUCUGAGUUCCCCUGUGAGUCCUGAAUCCAGCCAGGCGUUCUUGGUAGCAUUGUGUGCUGAGCGCCGGAUGUCAGCCUCCUCUGUCCCCGUUGUUGUCCCUCUGAUGUAGAUGUUUGGAGUCACUGACGCUGAGAUGCCUCACUUUGACCAUGUGAUCUGAAAACGCUGCAGGUGAGGCGCACGGUGUCCUUCGCACUGACUCUGGUUUAGUCGCUGUCACACAGCAGCCUGCAGGGGGCGGCACCGCUCCGCGCUGCUCCGCACCGCUCCAUCCUCGGCAGCGGCGGGGCUGCAGACGCGCUGCCGGAGCACAGAGCCUCCCGAGCGGCCGAAACACAAACACCGCCCGCCUGUCCGCCUCCUGCUUCCCCGGAUCAAACACACCUACAGAUCAGGAUCCGACACCGGAGAGUCCAGGAACCAGAAUCUGGCUGAAGACUUCACGCUGGACUCUGAGAAACUGAGGAGGAUGGAGACGCUGCAGGUUUUCCUCCUUCUGAGUGUUUUUAUCUUCAUGGUUUCUGCUCAGCAGGUGGACGAACCCGUCACCUACUCGUGUACGGAGGGCUACGAGUUCAACGUUGAAGAUCAAGAAUGUAAAGACAUCAACGAGUGCGAGACCUUGCCAGAUGCCUGUAAAGGAGGGAUGGGUUGCAUCAACCACUACGGAGGAUACUUCUGUCUGCCGCAGAAUGCUCAGAUCAUUAUCAGCAACGGAGAGGAAGAACCCACCUCCACCACCACCCGGCCCCCCCCUACACACUUCAUCCCCCUCCCUGCCGUACCCAAUCACCGCAGCAAUACCGAGGCUGCCGGCAGCCAGGCCGGCAGCCAGGCCAGGCUGAACUCCGUCCAGUGUCCAGUCGGAUUCACUGCUGACGAGUUCAACUUCUGCCGAGAUGUGAACGAGUGUGUUCCCAACAGCCCCUGCCAACAUCUGUGCUACAACCUGCCGGGAUCCUUCAUGUGUCAGUGUGAUCAGGGCUACGAGCUGACUCCGGACCAGCUCAGCUGCCACGACGUGGACGAGUGCCUGCUGUCCUCCUACAUGUGUCAGUGGCAGUGUGUGAACCAGCCCGGCUCCUACAGCUGCAUCUGUCCUGAAGGAUACCAGCUGCAGGGAACACGCGUGUGCCAAGACAUAAACGAGUGCGAAACCGGAACGAACUGCCGUGAGGACCAGAUGUGUUGGAACUACUUUGGUGGUUACCGCUGCUAUCCCAGAAACCCCUGCCAGGAGCCCUAUGUCCAGACCGGAGAGGGGCGCUGCAGCUGUCAGUCUCUGAGCGCCUGCAGAGGACUGCCUCCCUCCAUCGUCUAUAAGUACAUGAGCAUCACGUCGGAGCGCUUGGUGCCGGCCGACAUCUUUCAGAUCCAGGCCACCAGCGUCUUCCCCAACAUGCACAACACCUUCAGGAUCAAGGCCGGCAACGAGGACGGACAGUUCUUCCUCAGGCGAUCCAGUAACGUGAGCGCCAUGCUGGUGAUGACACGUCCUCUGAUUGGUCCCAGAGAGCACGUCCUGGACCUGGAGAUGGUGACGCAGAACUCAGCUCUCAGUUAUCGCUCCAGCUCUUUGCUCCGCCUCACCAUCAUCGUCGGACCAUACGCCUUCUAGAGAUGUACUUCUACUCCUUCGUUGAAAUCUGUUUCCAAGACACUUUCAAUGACCUAAACAUGUAUUUCUCUUAGUUGAAGUCUCAUUUAACAGAGUAACUGCUAGUCUUUGCUAUAAAACCUGGAAAAGUGGCUCAAGAUCUAAAUUUAAAUGUCUGACUUCAAACAUUUAAGCCCCCAUUUCCACUUUUUUGGCCAUUCCAUGCUUCCAUUUCCCACAACAAAAGAGUGGAUCAACAUUAAAGUUCAGCCAGCUUGGAAUUUGUAUUAUAUUAUAUAAACAAACACCCUCUUAACUGCCCUGCCCCUCCGUCCAACUCCAGGGUGGAUACAUGUCAAAUGUUUACAAAUCCUAACAUAUAUUUAAAAAGGUUAUGAAAGUAAAGAUUUUGCUGUCUCAAGUGUUCCGUCCCUCAGCACCUCCUGUCUGAGCCCGUUGAUCCUCGCCACAGAUAACUCCAUAGUCAAUACAUCCAUAGAUGCACCACACCACCGACAGAGCGACGCACUUAGAUUCAAGUUAGAGUCAUAAUUUAACAACAUUACAGGAAAGAAUCCAGUCACGUUUGAGAUAAUCUUCCAAAAGCAUUCAACGGGGGAACUUUCCCACAUCCUAUGCAGGAAGGAUUUCACUGACAACAAUUACAAUCAGGAGCCAGCUUCACCAAGGGUCUUUUUCUUGGGGUUAAGUAAAGUUGAUGAACAAACUUGAAAUGCAACAGUUGAUGGUUCCAACUUUCCACAUUUGUUGCCAAUUUAUUGAUCUAGGUAAAUGAGUAAGAGCUUCAGUUCAUGUCUGCAGCUGCCAAAGAUCUGUGUGGAAAGUUCAGUAAUUCGUUUUUUUUCUUGUGUUUUAUUAAACAAACUGAAGUUAGAGAAAGAAAGAAUGAUCUGGAAUGUUUUAUGUUUCUGUCAAAUCUAAAAACUCCACAACUAUCUAUGGAAAAAGAGAUCUAAGACGCUCCCAUUUGGAACCCCUCUUUUCUUGGCUCCAUGUGGAGCAGGGUUGGCGCCACUGCAGUCCAGGAGGAGGUGGUGAUAGACCUGACGCUGUGUCUUAUUUGGAGAUAUCCAAAAAGGUCAUUAGAACAUCUUUAGUUGAAAUCAUAACAAGUCUGAACUAAACUGAAAGUAUCUUGUUUUUAAGAGUUUGUAGUCGUAAUUUAAAUGGAGAUAUCUGGAGUUCACAAAGUUGGAGAGAUCCCCAAGGGAAUUUUGACUGGUCAUAAAUGCAUUGUGGCUCUCUGUGAUGUAAAUCCUGCCUGUCUUUUAAAUGUUAACAGUCUGGCUAUAGAAAGGGUUGAUGUAUGAAACUCAGAAUCCGAGUUUCUGUCUGAAGCUGCUGUUAUGUAACCAGCAGAAACCAGUCGUACAGGGAGGAAACUCUGACGCCUCUCUCCGUGUUUUUUCUGGUUUCUCAAACAUCUCUGCUGAUGUUGUCAUGAGGACAGCAUCCAGCCAGGUUUCUGCUCUGCUCUCCGGGGACGUUACAUCACGCCCUGUCCUCCUGUCACCUCCACUCACUUCUUCUCCGUCCUCGUCUUUUUCUUCUGGCAGCUUCAGAUUUCUGUUUGUGUUUUACAGGAAAAACAGAGUCAGAGUUGUUUCAGGAAAGCAGAGUCACAGCUGGAGAGUCCACUGUCUUCAUUUAUCCUCAGCAGAGUCUCACAUGAUUCUGUCAAAACUGAAUGGAACUUUUCUGAAUAUUGUUACAAGCUUAUGGUUUACAGAUUUAUUUACUGGUAAUUGAGACAGAGUUUAAUGAACAGAGAGAGAACGUGAGCAGGGAAAACAGAACAGUUUGAUAUGAGAUGAUACGACUGUGACUGUGCCAGGAAACAGCUGUGGAGUUUAGAAAGUUCACAGAGGUGUCUGCUGUCGGCAGGUCUCCAACGAUUCUUUCAGUUUGACGCUUUCCUGAAGGAUGGUGAGGAACUGUACCGUGAGGAAGUCGAGCUGUCCUCCGCUGCUGUCCAGGACCAGUAAAAGACGUUUUUUAAAUGUGUCUGUUCUGCCUCCGUGUUGCUGAGAAUACAAAGCUCAACAAACAUCAAGAAGUGUCAAACAGGUUAUGUUUGGAUUUUCCAGUUGCUGAGGUGAAUUUUUCUGACCUCUGACCUCUGACCCCUCUGACACUUGAGCUCCAUAUCAACAACUAGAAAUGUUUCAUUUUUACUCUGGUCUCUACUUUAGUUGUGUUUUUAACUGAAUAAAUCAGAGACAGGAAUCUCUGACUGGAUUCUCUGUUUUUCUUUCUGUCACAUCAGCUUGGAAAAUGUCUUCCAUGAAUGGGUGACACACUCUUAAU